UCUCGCCCAUUUUCUCUCUCUACGACUCGCUCUGUUUUCUCAGACCGAAGCCCAUUUCCAAUAUGAUGCAUCCCCCGGAUGACUCGUGUACCCAAUUUUAAAAUACAAAAAUCAAAUAAUCUCGCCCAUUUUCUCUCUCUACGACUCGCUCUGUUUUCUCAGACCGAAGCCCAUUUCCAAUGUGAUGCAUCCCCCGGAUGACUCGUGUACCCCUUGACUCUUUCUUUUUGAUCCCAAAUCCUCGCGCCUUUCAAUAAUCGGUCUGGAUUUUCCGGCAAGUUCACCGCCAAUACUGCGUGGUCGUUCCGGUUCUGUUCACUGCGUUGUGUUUGCACAGUUUGCAAGUGGCAGAGUUUGAAUGGAAGCUGCAGCAGCGCCAGCUGUUCAGAAAGAGAACAGGUUCUGGAAAGGUGUGCUCGCGGUGGUCGGAAUCAUGACCACUCUCGUCAUCUAUGGUGUUCUACAGGAAAAGAUCAUGAGGGUUCCAUAUGGAGCCGAUAAAGAAUAUUUUAAGUACUCAUUGUUUCUUGUUUUCUGCAACCGCAUUACAACAUCUGCUGUCUCCGCGGGUGCUUUACUGGCAAGUAAAAAGGCAUUGGAUCCUGUUGCUCCGGUUUACAAGUACUGCCUCAUAUCAGUGUCAAACAUACUAACCACAACAUGCCAGUACGAGGCCCUCAAGUACGUCAGUUUUCCAGUACAAACGCUCGCAAAGUGUGCCAAAAUGAUACCUGUUAUGGUUUGGGGCACUCUCAUUAUGCAGAAGAGAUACAGGGGACCUGAUUAUUUGCUGGCUUUUCUGGUUACUGUUGGUUGCUCAUUUUUUAUUCUUUAUCCGGUAGCAUCUGACAUUAGUCCAUACGGUAAAGGAAGGGAAAACACUGUCUGGGGCGUUUCCUUGAUGAUGGGUUAUCUUGGGUUUGAUGGCUUCACGAGCACAUUCCAGGAUAAACUAUUUAGGGGCUAUAAUAUGGAAAUACACAAUCAAAUAUUCUAUACAACAUUAUGUUCUUGUAUUCUCAGCUUGGCUGGUCUAAUAUUCCAAGGACAUCUUCUUCUAGCAAUAGAUUUUGUUCGUCGCCAUAAUGACUGUUUCUUUGACAUUGUGCUGCUUUCAACUGUUGCAACAGCCAGUCAGUUUUUCAUUUCUUACACAAUUCGAACAUUUGGUGCUCUCACAUUUGCCACCAUUAUGACCACCAGACAGUUGGUGAGCAUCAUGUUGUCAUGUGUCUGGUUUUCCCAUCCCCUAAGCUGGCAACAAUGGAUAGGAGCUAUCAUUGUUUUUGGUUCUCUCUAUUCAAAAAGCUUCCUGAAAAGUAUGCCACAGAAACCUUCACCCUCUGAAGAAAGGGAGAUCGAGGCUUCUAAGCCUUUGAAGGAGAGCCCCUGAUACAAGCAAUCAGAUUUCCCAUGGUAUCUGCCAUUAACCAGUUGUUGAUAGGCAGCUUUAGUGCUAGAUUAUUGGGCUACAUACUAAAGAAUAUAUACAACGCUCCCACACGAACUUACCUACAUCAACACAAAACCUCAUGCAGGUGGGUAGAAUUCAGAAUAGUUUUGACUUCACGACUUCUCACGGGAGCUGUGAGUUCACAUUAACUAAAACCACAUAUACUUGUCCUUUUAUUUCACAUUACAUUUUCCUUCUAUAGGAAUGAUCCAAGAAAUGCAAAAGGCAAUUGUUGAAACAGCAUCUUGAUUUGAUGAACUUACUAGGAAAAAAAA